AUGGAGCACUAUGUCAUCUCCCGCUACUACCGACCGCAACACGUGCAACCGGCUGCACUGUAUGGCAAGGUGAGCUCUCUCAAUCGACCCAGCUACGAUAUGCAUCGCAUUGAUGCCGAUCAAUUUACCAGUCUCUUCCAUGCUCAAACGUCGUGGGGACACCUUUCGCUACCCCUUUUUCGGCUCCUCGAUGCUGAUAAUGACAAUCUAAUUAAUAUGCGUGACUACGUCUGGUUGUUGCUUCUAAUCUCUUCCUCUGACUACUACGGCAAACUGCGUCUUCUCUUUACCAUUCACUCAUCGGAGUACCUGCGACCGGAGGACCGUAUUGGAUUCUGGGAGCAACACUCGUCACAGUCUCCUUCCACCGCUUCCUGUGAUCUCUCCUCAUCUUACCUCUCCGGCAUUGGUGUAGAAUGCGCCGAAGAACUAUUCGAAGAGAUCACUAAUGCCGAUUUCAAUAGGGUGUCUCGGAAUGAGAACGCGGUAGUUUCCUCCAAACCCCCGGACAUCUUGAAAAGGAAUGGCGGUGCUCGUAGUAUAGAGUAUGAAUGGCCAAGUUGUAGAACUGCAUUGACCACUAUCUACACAGGACCUAUGGCCUUGGAGAAUCCUCCUCCACUUCCAAAGUCCUCCUUUAUUGAUCUGUUAAAGACAAUCAGCGCUCUGGUGACUGAUCAAAAAGGCGAUCACGAGUUGCUCCAUGCAUUGGCAAAAAUUGGUAAGCAGUGUCACCUAGCUGUUAUCAAGCGCAAUACAGGCCUGAAGGAGAGUGGGGUGGCGACGGACGUGGUGUGGGAAAUUGAAUUUAACGACUUCAUGGCGGCGAUUGAUGCCACACCACUAGUGUUGCCUCUUGCCCAUGGAUUUACGAUGAUGGACCGGAUUCCUGAGGCCGAAGAAUUUCUGUCAUCCUUAUUAUCCUAA